AUGACCAAGCCUCGGCCAUGUGGUUGUAAAGGUUGUAGAACAUGUUUAAUAUGUGAAACACAAUAUGGAGCUGAAAACUUGAAGCUACAGCUGGAAUUGGAUAAGAGUAAAGGUUAUGUUUAUUGUCCUUUUUGUAAUAAAGCCUGGAGAGGCUGGGACUUGAACUCUUACAAACAACAUCCCAAUCAUGAAGGGGACUCUAUAGAAUAUCCUGGUGUGUACAUCCAGUUGAAUUUCAUAUCAGAAGAAGAAGAAAGAGAUUUGAUGAGAAACAUCGAUGAGGUGCCGUGGGACAUAUCUCAAAGCGGUAGAAGGAAGCAGAAUUAUGGCCCGAAGACUAACUUUAAGAAGAAAAAAGUUGUUGUUGGUAAAUUCGAAGGUUUUCCAGCGUUUUCUAAAUAUUUGCAGGAGAGAUUUAGUAGUAUUGAUUUGUUGAAAGACUACUAUGUAAUUGAGCAAUGUUCUUUAGAGUAUGACCCGAGUAAGGGAGCUUCUAUAGAUCCUCAUAUAGAUGACUGCUGGAUAUGGGGUGAGAGGAUUAUCACAGUCAACUGUUUAUCUGACACAGCACUGACAAUGACCACAUUCAAGGGUGACCUGAAGAAAUAUAAUCUGUAUUGCGCUGAAGAAUAUGGCCCUGUGGUUGAUACUGAUGGCAGUAUACUAAAAGGCCAUAAAGAGGACAAAUCAAUGUUGGAAACAUGUAAAUCUUCACUCCCCAAUGAUAUUAUAAUUAGGAUACCGAUGCCAAGGAGGUCUCUAAUAAUUAUUUACGGAGAAGCAAGAUACCACUGGGAACACAGCGUUCUUCGUGAGGACAUCACAUCCAGGAGAGUGUGCAUUGCAUACAGAGAAUUUACCCCACCAUACCUAAACGGUGACCAGCAAGAAAUUGGCAAUACCAUCAGAAAAAUAGGGCAAAAUUUCUGGGACCACAAAGGAAUUUCCCCGUUGAUCGGGCAAAACAAAAAGGUUGAAAACCAAAUAGCCUAG